AUGUCUAAACUCAACGACGACACCUUGUGGGACAAGCAGGGCUUCAAGGAGCGCCACACCUCCAAAUACAGGUUGACAGACCUGGGGCGCAAGCAGGCGAGCCUGGCGGGAGACUACAUCCGCAAGUACAUCUCCAAGAAGUUUGACCGCUACUACUGCUCCGAGUAUAUCAGAGCGAUGGAAACGGCUUCGCUCCUUGGUCUUGACGGAGCCCAGUGGUUCUGCGACUUUUAUCUGCGCGAGCGGGACAAGGGCCUGCUCGGCGGAGUGUCCGAUCUGCAGAGGAAAGAAGAGGAGCACUACCGCAGCGUGAUGGCGCAUCAAGAGCGAGGCAUGACGUCGUGCUCCGGGUUCAAGGUCGUAAUGGUGUGCCACGGUAACAUUAUGAGGGCUUUCCGCGUGCGGAUUGAACGGAUGAGCCAGAGGAAGUUCAGAGAGAAUGAGGAGAGCACGGACGACCGCGACAAGAUCUGGAACUGCCAAAUCAUCCACUACACGAGACGCGACCCCGAGACCGGCAUCGUGGCGCCCAACUUCUACUGGGUCCGCUCGAUCUGCCCGUGGGACACCAGCCUCUCCUGGAACGUCUGGCAGCCCAUCCACAGGCCGACGUACUCAAACGAAGAUCUGGCGGCCGAGGUGGGACUCGUGCCGCAGCUGAUCAACAACGACGACGUGGAGCUGUUGGGCCAGACGGCCACCGAGGAGAUCGUGAAGAAGCGUGCGCUGCUCACCGAGUGGAAGGAGCGCGAGGAGGCCAUCGCCAAGAGCGACGAGGCCGAGAAGGAGAAGGAGGACAAGCGCCGCGCCAGGGAGUCGUGGCUGCCCUCCAACAACCCCAGCUCCGCCACCAGCACCACCACCGCCGAAGGAGGUAAGGGCUCACACCACAUCCAGCAACUCGAGCGCGUUGCCCUCUAA